CAUGCUUCACGCGCCGGAAGUCCCUAAAUUCGUUAUCGUGUAAAGUUGCUAACUCUGAGACCUUAAAUCUGAGACCUUAAUAAAGUAUUGCCACGGUAAUGCAGACAACUUGAAGAAAAUCAAGGAUAUAAUUUUGUGCACCUCCCGAGAUGCUCCUGCAUUGAAACGACUCUGUGCUCCAAAAAAGCGAUGAGAAAUGCGUUGUAAAUGUUCGUAACUUAAGCCCUUGUGCGAGAAAAUAUGUCUUCCGUGUGCUACAACAGUUAUACUCAUUUAGUGUACAAAGUUUUAUAAACUUUGACGCUAGUACACGAAAUACACUCGAGUACACUUUGUUCUAGUGCACCAAUUUCUGACGAUGAAUCGCGGUGCCGAAUGCAAUAAUGUUUUGCAAAUUUCCAAACAAUAAAACCGUGGAAAUGUCGAACGCUUGUUUGCACCUACACCAUCUGUUAUGUUUCUUGCCAAUACCUAAAUCAAGGACAACUUGUCUGGCUUACUAUUCAAAGUGCAACGCUAGUGUUGUUAGCAACUUAGCAUCACUUGGCAAUUAUUGCCGACCAAUGAGGAUCUUUAUUUUUCAUGAAACCUUUAGCAAAUCAUUUUCACGUCUGUAAACGCUAGGCGAAAAAAGUACUAAGUAAGUAACAGCAAAUUUCGGUGUACUUUACCAUGUGCCACAUGAAGCAGCAUCAUGACAGCUCCCACCACGCCCAGGUUAUCCCUAAGGCUCCCCAAAAGGCAUUUCAGCCUGAAAUCGGCUUUUCGAACGGUGCGAAGCUUCGUCCCCGUCAAGAACAUUCCGAGCAUCGAAAACUCCCCGCGCAGUCCUACGCCAGAAAACUUUCAGACGAGCUCCAGCGACCUCGUACGACAAGUGCGCUUUAAAAUGUAUGAGGAUUUCUCCUUAAAGGCGAUCGAAAGGAAAUUUCUCGCCCGUGACAUCGAUCGGUUAUCCACUUCCGAUGCACUCGUGCUGCGCAUACUGCAAGAGGAAAACGGUGACGUGGCACGAGCCUACCAGUGGCUUGUUAAUCUACUAUCAUGGCGGCGUCACUUUGGCGUUCACAAACUUCCCUGCGAAUCGCGCAACGAAAUGUAUGAAACACUGUCGUUUGUACGCGGCGAUCAGUUCAGUCUUUUAACGUGCGACGCGGUUAAACUACACAAUGCAGUUGGCAUACAUGGCCUGGUUCCUCUAAUUCGCCAGAUUGUAUCGAUCUUCGAGAAGAUUUGGAACAAUGGGGAUACUGCGUGUUUGUCGUUAGUAAUAUCGUUCGCGUAUAUGGAUCCCGAAUCGUGGUUAAAAAUCAGCACGCGACAUCUGUUGAAUGAGUUGAUUUGUGGCUGUGCUUACUAUCGAUAUCCAGGGUUAUGCGAUAAGAUCGUUCUGGUUAACUGGAGAAGCGAUGAGCAGAGCCUGGAAUUGUACGAUAAUAUUCUAGCCAAGGAUUGGCCGUUUGGUGUUAAGAAGAGGGUACGCUUCGCUCAGCACGACGAGGUACUGAAGAUACUGGCUGAACCAGACUCUUCACUAGUUAGCACCGAUUUUUGCCUACAAAACGCUUUACUUCUUCUCUGCGAUCGGCCGUCCUCGCCUUGCAACCCUGUUCAAACUCUUGAAGUUGACCUUUGCUACCGUAAGCAACACGGUAUCCCGCAGCAGCAAGACACAGACUCCGGUAAAAGGUCACCCGCUUGCGCCACGGACCGGUAUGUGAAUGUCGACGUACAGGUGACGGACAGAUUGCGAAGCCAAUCGAAAACUCUUAGCGCUGGGGUGGAGACGGCGGUUACCAGUGAGGGUACUGCAUGCCAGCCCAUACCAGAGGAUAAGAUCUGUUGUCUACAACCUGGUUCCACGGAAAUGUUUUUGCACAAGCUAGUUAUCCCGAGAACGAGGAAGCAGGAAAAAAACACUGCCAGAAAUAUUCAGAAAACAACUUGCAAAGAACAGGUUCUCGUUAAUCGAUCUACGGGAAUGUCGCGGGAGAAUCUGAAAGAGGAGCACAGAGCGGAAGUCAAAGAACCGGCGACGGUCAAGAAGCUGCUCAAGCGGACUCUGUCACGAGUGGAAGUCGGGCAGUGUCCCAAAAAGAAGGUUAGUUUCGAAGAAACGAACAUAACGGGUUCCAGUUCAACCGAGACGAUCUGCCCGGACAGGAAAUCCGCAGUCGAAAAGCCCGUGAGCGAAGUGGAACAACUGCGGAGAUAUCCGUGGGAUUCAUUGCUCAGGCGUAACAAUCCAGUGUCAGUGCCUGCAUGUGAAAUUCCCGUUCGAAAAGAUAUGACACCAGCCGAAACCGUGGAAAUCGUUUCAGAGAAACUUGAUCCUUCGAUUUGCGAGCUCAAUCAAACAAAACCAGAAGAGGCAAACUCGCUACAAGCGGGGAGCCAUGAAGAAUCGGAAGCAACCACACUGGCUUCGGGAACAGGGAGUAAAAAUCCUAGUUUCCCAUCGCAGCAAACCGGAAGCACAGAAACCGGGACUACGAGCAAGGUCGAUCAGUUGAAGCGUUAUCCAUGGGAUACACUAUGUUCUAGGGAACAUCCAGACGACUCACUUACGCAAUUCAAAGCUGACGAAUUGCAGUUGCCUGAUUCGCAAUUGCACUCGCAACUCGUACUACCCGAAGCGGCUCCUUUGAUUAACGACACACUGGCUCCCGAAGUUCACGGAAUCAGCCCUGCGUUACUGGAGGUUGGGUUCCCCGAGAGCCGGCGCUAUCCGAGCGACGGCUCGCGAACUUUGAGCGUCCUUCUUCAAGGCAGAGAUCUUAACAAUGAGGGCUAUGACCCAGACGAAAUCCAUAAUGAGUAUCCACAAUCGCUAGAAAAGGAGAACAGAAAUGACGACCUAACCGUUGCAGAUCAAUCCGCACUCAAUGUUCAGUGCGUCUCGCCUGUGGCCAAAGAGGUAGUGGGUGACUGUCAUGGCGUCGAUGCACUGGGAAGAUAUCCCUGGGAUAUUUUAAACUCUCGCGGAAAGGUUUCGCCUGCGCUUGAGAAGAUGUUGGGAAACAGUGAUUUGAACGAUGGCGAAGGCAAUCGGACUGUAGGAUUCUUCCAUGCGCACGAAGAACAAGAGAAAGGUUACAGUCAACAUGAGAUACUGCAAAAAAGCCACAUCGAACAUCUAGGAAGCGGAGAUGGAAAAGGAUCUAGUGAAAACUGCCGCUUUACGCUAGCAAUAUCCCCGCCGGUCCAGCUUAUCUGUAAAUCGGAAACGUUAUUAAAGCGAAACCUGGCUGAGCUGUCAGAGACUCCUUCACCUCCUGCUCGAUCAUUAAGCUGUUUCAACUUUUGUCAUUUAUCUCACCAAUUAUGUACAUGUGAGCAAAAAACAGCAGAUUUACAUGACAACCAUCAACGUUCGCCGGCGACAAAUUUAGCAACGCUGCAGAAGGCCGACGCGGUGGACAACGACAUGUACAGUCGCGAUAAAAAUUCCGAAGCCAUGGUGCAUUCAGCGUAUGCAGAGUUAGUCGAAGACAGUCUACGCCAGGCUGAUGAACGUGUUCAGCACUGCUUAUCAUCGGUGCAAGAAACGGGCGAAAAUCUAGUAUCUCAAAGACAGGAGAAGUCAGUGGAAGCGGCAGACGUUCUUGACGUUAACCGACCUCCUUCACCGAAUCUCUUCAGACUGGACAAAGCUACAAUCGAAAGCCUUGAAUUAGAAACGACCUCGGCCUCCGUCAUAAGUCCAACCGAAAACAAGCUGGCAGCAACUGCCAAGCUCGAUGAUGGUCCAUUGUUUCUGCCUCGAUACAAAAGUCAUCCAUCAGUAGAAGAAUGGGUUGAACCUCUUCAUCCGAAGCACGAAGGUUCGUCAACAAUAGCGACUAAUCUGCAAACCUUUGUUCAACCGCAACGGAGCACUGAAAAAUACCAUAUUGUUUCCCGGGCUGAAUCGUUGUGGAAUACAGUGGCAAUAAUGCUACUAGUUAGUCGCUUAUAUAGGUUUGGAAUGCAGUGGCACAGAGGGCUACAAAACAGGUGGCGGGAUCGUCUUUUGGCAGUUCGCCAGUUCCUCGAAUGGCUGAGCUCUGCCCUCUACCAUUUACUGUUGUUUUGGUGGAACCGGAUCGCGGAAUAUCUUACAAAUUUAUCACAACGACGCAUACCAUUGCCGCUCAUCCUGAAGUAUUUGCGCAACGAUCGGGCACUCUUAGCAUUCAUGACCUUUGCUGCGGCAAAGUACGUAUUCCAUUAUGCUUUGUCUACCGAGCCAGUGCCACCCAAUGAGACGUUCAGGGUGGGCCAGAAUUCACCGCGAGAUCUUAUGGCGCGAUGGGCAAUGGGCGGGUUCAUCAGGGACGGGCAGCCUCAUCGGCCGGAAGCAGCGGUUCUUCCGAUUGUGCAGCCGGUAUCAGAACCAGUUAAAGAGAAAAGUCGUCUUUCGUUCUGGGAGUUGUGGUUGGACAGUCCACCCGAAAAGCAGCCGAUUGGGGGACCACGGGAAAUCCUCGCAUUCUGGACGAUGGGAAAUAUUUUUCAUACGCUGAAGUUUGGAUUAACGGAAGAGGUUGAAGAGGGACGGAGGGUAGUUCCACAGAAAAGUAUGGGGAACACGUGCUCGAUGUUGGAUGUUGGGUGUUUUGUGCGGUCACUGCGUGGAGAUAAUGUUCAUUCAUGAUGUGAUAAAUUUAGAAAUUUGCUUGGAAUGUACAGAUACAUCGAAAGUCUGUGCUCAAUUUGUGUGCCAAGUGGUCUGCUAAAAUGUUCGAGCGGGCUAUGUAUGUAUAUA